AGCAAGUUUAGACCGUCUUCCACGCAAUGGACAUCACGCCGCUCUUUAACCAGGUGCUGGCCAAGCAUGAUGCACAGCCAGUCGAACCUUAUGUGUUUUGCAUCGAGGACCUCGACGAGUUCGUGAAGGAGGCCUACCGCAUACGAACGCACAUUACGAAGCUUCACCAUGACUUGAAGUCAAUACGUCAAAGCUAUCUAUCUACUGCACAUCCACCGCGUCGCAAGCAAGUUGCACGAACGAGCAACUCCUCUCCGUCCACGGACAAGGACGCCAAAUACCUUAGCGACGCUCAACGCACUGAGAUCGAUGCCCAAGCAAAGCAAUCGCUGCGAGAGCUGAACUAUGCAAUCAACACGCUACGAGACGCCGAGCAGAUACGACAGAGCACGCAGGCGCAAGUCGCCUUGAGAAAGCGCGCAAAACAGGGCCUUGGUGCCCUGGGACGAUGGGCAGCUGGUGGGGCCAUAACGGCGAAGAGCGUCGACGAGGAGGUUGAGGAAGCAAAAGUAAACACGAUCAAGGCACACCGAGAGAGUAUUAUAUGGUCCUUGCAGAACGAGCUAGAAGCAUGCGGUAGCUUCCAGAGUGGCAUGAUGGAGAUACGGCUCAUGAGAGAGGUGGAGAAGAGCAAGAGCGUGCUGUACAAGACAAGAGGAACAGGGCCGGCGACGAACGACUACAGUGGCAUGAACGGCGGCCACGGCACGGGGGCAGGGUCGGUUGAUCAUCGCGGGAAGACGUCACACGCUCAGGAGGAGUCCAGCGCGGUUAUUGAGAACCAGCUUGAUCCCGAGCAGCUUCAGCUGUUUGCGCAGGAGAAUCAGGACAUGCUAAAGCAGUACGAAGACCAGCUCGACAAAGUCCGCCAAACAGAGAAGUCGCUCACCGAGAUAUCCGAACUGCAGACGACGCUUGCAAACAAUCUCAGCAUACAGUCUGCGCACAUUGAUCAGCUUGUGGAGGACUCGUUCAAUACAGCGGAAAAUGUCGGAGGCGGAAACAAGGAGCUCAAGCGCGCGACGGAGCGAGGGAGCACGGCACAGAAGGUAUUCUGGUGCACAUGUGCUUUUUGCACGACACUUGUCCUGUGGGACUUGUUCAUAUGAGUUGUAUGAAAUCGUCCGGGAAAGUGAGUGUCGACGGGGACGUCGCUGGUAGAUAGCCAACACGCGAAUCUAGCAUCU